AAGAAUCGGUGCUUAAAUUGAGAAAAUGCUUGAUGUGGUGCGCAUAUCCGAUCCCAGCCUUUGCACCUGAUACUGGGGCUGCACAGCAGGGAAUGUAAACAGAGGCAUGACGGGUGGAAGCGCAAAUGUGCUUGUGCAGGGCUUCUCGCAUCUUGUUGUGUCCCAGGUUUCUACAAGACUCAUUACAUUCUUCUUGAACCUGCUCACAGCCCGCAUCCUGACGGUGGAUGCCUAUGGGCUGGCGUCAGUGCAGUUCCACCUGAUAAACACCACCAUCCUGUUUCUGAGCCGGGAGGGCUUCCGCCGCGGCUGCCUGCGCGCGCAGCAGUUGCAGGAUGCUUCCGGGCCGGGCGCCAUUCUGCGCAUCGCGGCAUACUGCAUCCCUCUGGGGGCGGCUGUCACGCUGUGCGUGUGCGCUGUGGCCCUCAGGGGAGCCUCCUCCCUGGCCGACCCCUACGCUGUGGCCAUCCUGUUGCAAGGGCUGGCGGCCAUGGUGGAGCUGGUGAGCGAGCCGCUGUACAUUCUGGCGCAGGUGCGGUUGAAGCUGCAGCUGCGCGUGCUCGCCGAGGCGGCUGCCACGCUGGUCCGGGGCGUUCUCACGCUCGCCCUGCUCAAGGCCGGUACCUGCAAUGUCGGCAUCGCGCUCUCGCUCGCACAGCUGGCGUAUGCGGCGGUGACCUUACUGGUGUAUGCGCGGCACUUUGGCUGGGAGCUGCUGUCCUGCUGCGGCGGCCAGGCCGGCCGCACGGCGGCGCGCACGGCCUCACAGAAGGCGGCCGCAGUGCUGGACUACAGCCUGGCCGCCACCGCCCCGGACGACCCUCCCACCGACGUGCCGCCGCCCGUCGCGGCAGAGCUGCCGACGCGCGCGGCCGCCGCGGACGCGGAGAAUUCUCCCUGCGAGGACGAGGGCGCGUAUGAGGAUGACCUGAGCGUGGAGCAGGGCAAGGGGUCGAGCUCAACACAUGAGAAGCCUCCCGCAUCCGCCUCGGGUGCAGGCGGCCCUCAGCAAGACCCAGGGGGCAAGGGGAAGGCAGAUGAUGUCAGCAAGGACAGCUCAAAGCCGCUCCGCCAGGUUGACGUGCUGUGGAUGUGCGCCAUAUUCACCCUCCAGGCGCUGGAGAAGCUGCUGCUGGCGGAGGGGUCCAAGAUGGUGAUGGUGGCCUUUCAGAGCAGCUACAGCCAGGGCGUCUACGGCCUCGUCUCCAACCUGGGCUCCCUCGUCGUGCGCACCAUCUUCCAGCCGUUUGAGGAGGCGGCCUUCCUGGCGUUCUCGCGGGCGGAGCCUGGGCUAUGCGCCAAGGACGCGGCCGCACAGCGCUCCCGAGUCCUGGCCAUCUCCGUGCGCUGCGUCACCGUCGUGGGGCUGUUGGCGGUUGCGUUCGGGCCGGCGUACACGUAUGUGGUGCUGCGCAUUGUGUACGGACGGCGCUGGUCUGAGACGGACGCGCCGCAGGCCCUGGGCGUCUACUGCGCCUACAUCCUGCUGCUGGCCGUCAAUGGAAUCCUAGAAGCCUUUGUGCACGCCGUUGCCCGCAGCAGGCAAGUUGCACCGCCUCUCCCUGUCUGUGGGCUCCCGGCAGAAUUGGACAUCACGCUGUCGAAUGUGUGGCUGGUGGUGUGCUCCGGGAUCCACCUGGCCCUGGCAACAGCACUGGUCCGCUCGCACGGCGCGGUCGGCCUCAUAGCCGCCGACAGCGUCAACAUGGCCCUGCGCAUCCUCUACUGCCUGCACUUCAUCGGCCGCCAUUUUGCUGCCGUGCCCGGCCACAGCCUGCGGGGCCUCUUCCCCAGCAGGGGAACUUUUCUGGCGCUGGCCGCAGCUUUUGCGGUGGUGCUAGGCUCCAACGGUGUUUUCCUGGGUGGCAUGGGGCUGCCAUGGGGCGUUGCCUCCCCCAAGGGAAUUUUUGUCGGUCUGCCCCACGGCAGCGCGGAAAAGAUUGUGGGAUUGUGGCCUGCAUUGGUGGGUCACGUGGCGGUCGGCGGGUCUGCCCUCCUGGUGACCCUGUACCUGGUGUAUCAAGCGGAAGGGAGGCUUGUGAAGGAGAUUCGGGCGCUCAGGAGAGCAGCUGCUUAG